AUGGAAACAAUUGAUAAUGAUGAUAGAGGCCAAGUGCCUUUAUCAGAAGUGGGAUUUGCAGGACAAAGAUCUGAAGAGAAUAUGCAAAGUAAUAAAGCGUCGACGUCAUCGCAGGAACCCAACUUUCUACUGAAUAUGGAAAUGGAGCUUCAUUCUCAUAAUGUGGUAACUAGAUAUCAACUCUUUCGCAUUCUAAAUGGAAUAUCAUUAAAGCGGAGGCAUGAUGGUAACGACAGCCAAGAAAUUGAAGUUAAAAGGACUCGUUUUAAUGAAGGUCGCUUUACCGGAGCAUGUCACCGUUGCGGUGUGCCAGGACAUAGAGCUAUUGACUGCCGUAAAAAGCGCGAAGACCCUAGUUCCGUAGAAAAGACACCGAGCCAAUCUUCUCGAAUACCUGAUAAGACGCGAGUGAUUACGUGCUAUGUAUGUGGACAGUCGGGGCACCGCGCGUCAACAUGCCCAGAAAGAAAAGGAGGGAGCAGCGCACCGAUAGUCAAGGAGGUCAACAUCUGCAAGCGCAAAUCAUCGAUGAGCACGUUAACUACAUCAUCUGGUGAGCCCGUUUCAUUUCUUUUUGAUAGUGGAUCUGCUUGUUCGUUAGUCACAUGUAGCUUUUCUAAAAAGUUUUCGGGUACGAUUGAAAAUAAUUUGGUAUAUUUAACAGGAAUAGGUAGAGAAAAUGUAAAAUGUAAUUCACAAGUUCUUAGUUCCAUCAAUGUACAAGGCUAUAGUGGAUUAGUUGAAGCAGCUACUAUCUUAAUUAAUAAUGCGGAGGAGGCCGAGACGGCGAUCCACGGUCAAGAGAAUGAGGGGGUACCAUCUGACGAUGAUAGUGAUACAAUGUCUAUAGCUAGUUCGCAAACUCUUACCGCUAGUUCGGGGACCCUCUCAGCCUCUGAGCGUGAUGAAAAC